AGCUCAUGACAAACUCUGACUUUGUUGCUACUGUGAAGAAAAAUCUAUUCAGUGUAGCAAAUCAGAAGUCUACUGAAAUUCUGGAGGCAAUGGUUAAACGCCUUUUUCAAGCACUAGCAGGAGAAGAUAAGGGACAAUCCAGGUCUCAAAGUCUAGCAUUUACAUCACUUAAAACAGGGUCCCAGGACCCAAAAUCUCAAGCCAUGCAGUUUACAGCAAUGCAAAGUGCAAUGCACAACUCUGGAAAAGACAAGGAAAAAGGAGGAAACAAAUCUCAAUCGUCAUCAUGCAAGCCUUCAGAAAAGCACUGCUCAAUGGAUAAGUAUGCAAAAGACCUCAUUGUGACUGCCUUAAUGUUGAUACAGCAACAUCUACUGCAACAGACAAACAAUGGCAAGGACUCUAGUGAAUCACGUGCCACUUCGUUUGGGUAUGUUUCCCGCGAUGCACAUUUUGAAAAAGCUGGGAACAGCCAAAGCUCCAAAUCCCUUGCAGAGGCUUCUGGGUCGAGGUCAGCAGGGACAAGGCACGAUUACCAACAGCAGCUCUACUCCCAAAAGGGAGACAUAUCAAGUGUCCUCUUGUCCAUCAUACAGAAGGUCUUGCAUGAAGCUGGGUUCAAUAUAGAAGACAGCUCCAGCGAAACAAACAAGAGCUUCAAGCAUACCCCUGCCAGCGAAUGGGAGCCUGGCAAACAGGCCGUAGCCAAACAGCCGAAUUCAGCCAUGGAGCAGUCUGACAAUAUGGAUCAGGUCAACAGGCAAUUUUUUGACCAACUGGUGGAAUCUGUGAUAAAGUUAUGUCUCUUCAUGGUCAAAGGCAGUGGCACUGAUAUAGCUAUAGGUGACUUGUCAGAGGAACCCAAUGCAUUUGGUACCUCAUCUGCAAAAGCUCAAGCAACACCCAGGAGAGCUUUCCAAUAAAAACAGAACAGAAACCCAUUUACAGGUUCGUCUUCGGGUUCUCAAGUAGUAGUGACCAACCAGAAUGCCAACAGCAGCUCACAAAACAAGCAGCUUCAGUCUAUCUCACCCAGUUCAAUGUGCCUAAUCUGUCAUUCAUGCAUGGAAAUAAGAAGGAUCUGAAGAAGUUCUCUGCUGGCUGAAAAGUGGCCACAAAGGGCUACAGCGUGGGGGAUAUUCUUCAGGAAGUAAUGAGGUACUUAGAAAAACAACAGUUUGAUGCCACUGUGAGAAAUGUAACUUGCUGUAGACUGAUGGUCUGGUUGAUUAAUAAUCUUUAAGGAAACGCCGACUCCCCCUGCCUCUCAACUCACUUUGACCCAGCCAAAGCACCCAAACCAGCUCUCUGCUGGCACAAACACACACGUUUGCAAGGGACAGCUCUGCAUUGAAUUCAAC